ACGAACAUGGCAAAAUAAUGCUUUACUACAUGGCGAAGUCGUAAACAGCCAGAGAGAGUCAUAGGCGAGCGGCUGCAGUUGUUGUGCAGCUAAUGUGUAUGAGGAGAGCUUUUUGCCCAUCCAUGAUCAAACGUAAGUAGUCCUUUAUUUAAAGACAAUUUGUAGUGUUUACUUUGUAAUCGCUGUAUUCACGGCUAUUUUUAACUCAAAGUUGCAAUUUCUGAUCCGUCGGAAAAUUUGACAGAAUGCCGGGCACAUGAAGAGGGGAAAAAGCCGAGUAUAGUGCUCUCCGGCGGGGGGAUGUGUGACAAGCCGCCGAUCGUCGGCCGAGGGAGCAUGUCAACCACAAAAUGCAAGCCACCUACAUAUUAAAAUGAUCCCAUUAUUUGACAUAUUACAAAACACGAUGUUUACUCACUUCCUGGUAACUCCAAUGGUACCACAGUAGUAGGGCUUGUUUUGGCCAAUAUCCACGGUAAAUGGGAACCUUUUGAAACCCCAAAAAGGCGCACACGCCUCUCCCUCGUUACAGAAAGAUUUCUCUGCAGCCGUUUGGCUGGCAGGAUGCGAAAAAUAACUGUAUUAAUCCGCAAAAUCAGCUGAAUCCUUAGUCCUUCUCAUACAACAGUACGGCUGUAUAGUGAAGAGGUUCACGCAAUGGCAAGGCUGAUGCACUAUCACGGCUACAUUCACCAUGUCUUAGCUCUGUAGACCCUGGAACCAUUCUCCCCUCGUCCUGCGUGGUCGGCGCUGCCAGAUGGGAGAUUACAUCAUUGGUCAGGGAAGCUCAGAAAGCCAAUCAAGAUCCAGGAAACAGUCCCCCGAAUCGCCUAUUUGUCCCAUCUGUUGCACGGUCUCAAGUCCUGGAAUGGAGCCAUUCAUCCAAACUAACAUGUCACCCUGGUGUCCAUAGGACCCUUGCUUUCCUCUGACAGUCGUUCUGGUGGCCUGGUAUGGCCAAAGAUGCCCGUGAAUUUGUCAAAGCCUGCACAGUCUGCGCUCGAGGGAAGGCUUCCCAUCAGCCACCCGCUGGUCUGCUAUGCCCCCUCCCUGUUCCUAGUAGACCUUGGUUCCACAUUGCAGUUGAUUUCAUAACCGGUCUGCCUCCCUCUGAAGGUAACACUGUUAUUCUUACUGUUAUCGAUCGUUUCUCAAAGUCUGUUCACAAUGUUCCCCUUCCCAAAUUACCAUCUGCUCUUGAGAGCGCCAACCUGUUGGAUAAGCAUGUAUUCCGGCUUCAUGGUCUCCCUCUAGAUGUCGUUUCAGACCGUGGUCCUCAGUUUUCCUCAUCGGUGUGGAAAAAGUUCUGCAAGGUGGUUGGCACGGCACCCAGUCUUUCCUCAGGAUAUCAUCGCCAGACCGAAAGGGCCAACCAGGCCGCCCUGCGUUGUGUCACCGCCCAUCAUCCAGUUUCCUGGAGCACUUUCCUUCCCUGGGUGGAGUAUGCCCAUAACUCGCUCAUCUGCUCAGCCACCGAUCUUUGGACUAUUUCAAAAUGAAUUCCCAAAGAUGCAGGGGUUGACAGGAGGAUGGCUGCUACACAAGGCUACAGGUGGCCAGGGCAAAAGAAAACUAAUCAUGAUCCCCCCGGAUUCUAAUGGUUACGCUGGGACCCAAAUCCGCAAUGUUCCAGGGUCAGGAAAAAUAACCCUCUAUAUUGUUACUUUGCAAUACCAGUUUGACCUGACUCCACUACCACCAGAUGCCAUUGAAUUUCAAGGCAUGCCAAAAGCCCAAUGCCAAACUUGCAAAGUAUCAUUUCCUUUCCAAAUUUUGGCUCUUCAUGUAAAGGAAUGCAUGGAGUCUCAAACUUCAGAAGAAGAUACUGAGCCAGGUCAAAGUGAGGCAGAGGUUCUGUACCAUGGAACAAGGAAAUCUGAUGAAGAGAAGUUGCCAUGUCCUAUCUGUUUCCUGAAAUUUACACCAGAGUUCCUAGAACUCCAUGCAAGCAUGUGCGGAGAAAGAGAAAAGGCAGAGCUUACAACUGAUGACACAAAUGGCAUGAACCAGGAGAAUGAAGAGGAGCUGAUCAAAAGGCAGUGUUGAUGAUGUCUUGGAAACCAUUUGUGGGAGAGUUAAUGCUGAGAAGCGCUUCACUAUUCAGAUCACUAGAACAAACCUUUUUGAGAGAGGUCUUCUGCAAUGGCAGCGACAGAAGAAGAAUUCACCCACUUCUACUUUGGAAGUGACCGUCCUUGGAAAGGCAGGGGUUGACACAGGCGCCCUUCGAAAAGAAUUUCUCACUGGUCGACUUUUUUUCUUCUUCUCUUUUUAACCUUCAUUUUUAUAAGUUUAUUUGUUGAUGUAACAAAUUAAAAGAAACUGGUGCCCCUUGAGCACCACAGUAAAUGCUGUAUUACUCCAUGUAGAAAUGGUGGCUGGGAUUGAGCGUCGAUUCUUUGAGGGACUACAAAAUCAGAAGAGCCCACGGUACUCCCUGAAUGACUUUGACAGUGGUCUUUACAGGACUGUCGGAGAAAUUUUCGCAGUCAGUUUGGCACAAGGUGGCUCAGCCCCUACCUUUUUCAGUCCAUGGACUUAAACUUUCCUCAGUGGUGGGCAGACAAACCCCACAGUUCUUAACAGUGAUGCUGUGUCCGAUGUCCAGUUAAGAAAUUUAAUUGACCAGGUAUUCCCUCCUUAGAUAGGAACUGAUAAGUUGGCAUGGAAUGGAAGAGUAUUUUGCAUCCUGGAGUAGAUAGUAAUGAAGUAGAUUUACUUUAGUAAUGCAUUGAAGUACAUUUUGUACUAGUUUUAUCUAUUCUGGAAAUUGACUUCGACACCUAAAUUUUGAAAGACAAAUAUUGCACAGUUACUCGAUACUUUUAAGUAAUGCUUUGAAGUCAGCAUUUGAAAUUCUCUUCUAAAAUGUGAUUUGUUCAGGUGGUGAUAACAUGCCUGUACCUUGUGCAUGCACUUCUCAGAUCAGGCAUGUAAAUGCUGAACUAAGAUAGCUCAGAUGAAGUGCAUCUAUACUUUCGUCAAAGUAAUAUGGUUGAGUAGUUUGUCCUUCACUUUUUUUUUUUAUAUCAGACAAUACUGUACGGUUAAAUAUAUAUUUUUUUGUCAUGCUAUUUUUACUCAGGUUGAGCUGUCGACAGAUGAGACACUGCCACAUCUAGCUGAUGAAAUCCUAGUUUGUGGAUAUACUGGAGUUAUCUCCGUUCAUAACAAGCAUUCUAUUGUUCGAUAUGCAAGGACAUUUUUUGUUUGGAUGGAAAUAAUCUUUAUUUUAUCCCCAAUUUUAUAUAUAUAUAUAUAUAUAUAUAUAUACACACACACUGUGUUUUUAGUGCCAUCACACUAAGUGCAGUCCUGAGAUAUAUGGUCUCCUCUCAAGGAUCAAGCAGUACCCGGAUGUGUGCCAGUCCUUGUUUGUUGCUGGAGAAGAUGUGAAAUACUGAGUGACAAAGGGACUACCAGGCGUCAGACUGAGCUGGAGUUAGUAAACUACAUUGAAGACUUUCUUUAUGAAGGAUCUGAAGAUCAAGAGGAAAUGGAGCCAAGGCAAGGCAUUACACCUUCCCGGUUUCUGCAGUGGAUCACAGGCCAAGGUCACAUCCUAAUUCUCCCUCCAGAAAAGGAUUUUGCUGUGAUAGUCAAGUUUAACCAUGACUGUAGUGAAGAACAUGGCCUUCAUAGUCUGUUAUCCUGUUAUCUCAGCAUGUGCCAAAACUAUCACACUACCUGUAAAGCACACGAGGUCCUAUGAAAGCUUCAAAAGCAGUCUUACUGAGGCUUUUCAUUUAGGCCAAGAAUUUAACAUUGUGUAACUAAAUUACUGUUGAAUUAGCUGUUCCAUGUCUUUGAAGAAAGACCAAUGUGCCUGAAAUUUGUUGUAAGGCCAGUUUAUUGUAUUACUGUUGAGCAAUUAAGAUUGUCUUCCUGAUGCUAAAUGGUUAAACCCAUUGAAUACGUUUCAUUUACUGCACAUUAUGUUGGACAUCGUGGAAAACAUUGAAAUAAAUGU